AUGAGAAGGAAAGAGGCAUCAGCUGUGGGGAAGGAAACCUUGUUUAAUUUGGAUAAUUCAGUUGAUAACUCGAAGCUUCAUGACAUUUUUACCAAGUACGGUAAUAUACUAUCUUGUAAAGUAGCAAUGUCAGCAGAAGGAAAGAGCAACUGUUUUGGUUUCGUGCAAUUUGAAUCUGAAGAAUCUGCAAACAAUGCCAUUCGAACAGCUAAUGGCACCAUUAUUGAUGGGAAAGAAAUUUAUGUUUGUCCAUUUAUGACAAAAGGUGAGCGGAUCCAAGCUGAUUCUGGAGCUACAUAUACAAAUUUGUACGUAAAAAAUUUAGACAGUGAUGUGACUGAGGAUUUAUUACGUCAAAAGUUUUCUCUAUUUGGAGAAAUAAGCAGCCUUCUUAUCUCAAAGUAUGAAAAUGGAGUAUCAAAAGGCUUUGGCUUUGUGAAUUUUGUGAAUUCGGAUGAUGCCAAACGAGCGAAAGAAUCAAUGCAUGGUUUGAAUGUGCAUAUCAAGCACAUCAAUGAUAACGUUGACGACAACCAACUGAAGGAUUACUUCAAUCAACGCGCAACCACAGCCAUAAACACUUUAAAUGAAGGGGUCAAAUUUCAUGGCAAGCCUUUGUAUGUGGCUAUUGCACAAAGUAAAGAUGAAAGGAAAUCAUUAUUGGGACUCUUUACAGCUAAUCCUACUAACGUUUAUCCUAAUUUUGGGUACCAACUCCCGUGGAGACCAAGUGGAUUCUCACCUCCAAUGGGCCCUGGAGGUCCAGGUUUUCAAGCUCCCCCUUUUCCAAUGCAAUAUAGGGAGAGGAUGACCAAUCAUAUACCUAGAUAUGGUGGGGAUGGUUAUCUGCCAUUUCCACAAGAACACAACCAGUUUGGGUACUUUCAUAAUAAAAAGAAUGCAAAUGAUCAGCAGCAGAGGACUAUAAAUGCAAACCACUGGUGUAAUGGGCACCCAAAAUUGACGAUGAGCAAUGGAGAAACUAUUCCAUCAGUUCUUGACGGUUCUUCAACGAAAGCACCGAAAGGAACUGAAGACUUGAGUACCAAGCUUGCAGCUGCAUCCGCAGAACAUAGGAAAGAAAUGCUUGGCCAACAUCUAUACCCUCUUGUUCAUAAGCUUCAGAGUGGUCUUGCUACAAAAAUAACUGGGAUGCUUUUGGAGAUGGCCAAUGCAGAGCUGCUUUUGUUAUUGGAGUCUCCCGAGUCAUUAGCUGCAAAAGUGGAAGAAGCAGUCCAGGUGCUUGAGCUCCAAUAG